AUGAGUUACUACGGAGGAAAAGGUCCUAUGGUAAACGGUGUUCUGUGGGCUGAGGUGUUGAUAUUUGCUCUCUUUGUCGGGCUCCGACUGUAUACAAGGAAAGAGAUUCUUAACGCCGUUGGUGCUGAUGAUUAUCUUUGUGUUCUCGCGCUAGCCGUCCACAUUCUUUACACAAUUUUCGUCACCAUCUCCAGCCACUAUGGCCUGGGCAGAUUAUACGCUGACGUCGGGGACCCGGUAAUCUACUUCACGGCUGUCAAGUAUGAGCUCUUCAGCCAGGUAGCGGGUAUCAUGGUCAUCGGUAUCGGCAAGGGGGCCGUUGGCAUGUUCUUGCUUCGAAUUGUGCGGAACAGGAUCCAGAUUUGGGUUAUUUAUGCUUGCCUGGCUAUCACGACGGUUAUUACGCUUUUUGCUAGUAUUGUCGUUAUUGUGCAGUGCUCGCCGGUCGAGAAGAGUUGGAAUCCCAUGACGCCGGGAACAUGUUGGGUUGAUUUUUCCAAGGUUGGAUAUACUGUUGGAUCAUGGUUCGUUGCUGCUGACCUCGCCUUCGCAACCCUGCCGUGGUUCGUCGUCUGGGAUCUCAACAUGAAGAAAAAGGAGAAGAUCACCGUCGCCUGUGGUCUGAGCCUGGGACUAUUUGCCGGCGUCUGCGGCAUCGUCCGCACAGUUGCCCUAAAUGGCCUCAACGCCUCCGAAUACAUCUACGACACAGUCCCAAUGCUCAUCUGGUCCGCAACCGAAAGCCUCGCAACAAUAAUGUGCUCCUCAAUCCCAGUCCUGCGCCCGUUAUACAUCCGCAUCCGCUACGGCAAAGACGGCAAAGACAGCUCAGUAGGCAACAGUGGCGACACACCCUACAAACUGCCCAUGUACGGAAGUGGUGGACGCAAGUACGGCAAGAUGUCGAUCUCCGAGCCCGGCGACUCGAUUAUCGAGCCGAAAAACUCGACAAUUGUCAAGUAUCAUGGAAGAAAUACCAGUGAUGAGGAGAUUCUUACUGGUGCAGCGGGUAUUGCAAGGACAGAUGAGAUUUCCGUUAGUUAUGAGCGGUUUGAUAGUAAGGUUUAG